AUGCAUCGGUCUUCAGCUGAAUCUAGACAAGACGAUGUUCAUGUGGAACGGAUGGGUCUCGGAUGCCCCAUUCACGCCCAACGGAACGAACAUAUCCGAAUGCACCAGCUACGUUUAUCUGGUCAGGAAUUGAGCAUGAUGAACGACCUGACCUCCGAGCUGGGCAGGAGGAGACGAGCGGCUUGGGGAGCGUAUAAGAGCAUCGAGGAUGUAGUGAAGAAGACCAGGAACACCUGGUCCCGUGCUCACCUCUUCAACACCACCGUACUUCCUACUUUUACCUAUGCUUCGGAAACCUAG